CAGUACAACUUGCGCUUGCGUCGAUUCUGUGACCGUGAAAAUUAUCACAAUGCGUUUCAUCGUAAUUGCCGCCGCCAUCUUAGCCAUGGUCCAAGCAAGGCCUGGCCUGUUCUUCGCCCAGCCGUACCAACCAAUUGGAGUGCAGUACGUGUCGGCUCCAUCAGCUAUCCACCCUCAUCCUGCAGUGGAACUAAACGCUGCAAGCGAGGCUCAAUUACCACGAGAAUUAUUAAAGUCUAGAGACUUUUAUGAUAACCCUCAUGUAGCUGCUGGAUUGGCCAAGGAAUCCUGGUUCACCAACAAGGAGAUGCAAGUCGUUGAAAGAGAAGCUGAGAAGAUCCCUCGGGAGAGCAUCUACCAUAUUGUGAAGAGCGCCGGGUUCUUGGACCGCCAUUAAGGUGAAUUGUAGUUUACUGAAUUGUGGGUAGUUGUGAAUAGCCUGUAGUACGUAGAUGAUUUGUGUCGGAAUAAUGUAGUGGGCUUCUAUUUACAACUUUAUAUAGAAUUAGAUAAGAAUUAUUUUCUAUUGUUUUAUAUCUACCGAAUCUGCGCUGAUUUUAUAGUGUUUAAUUUAUGUAUUUCUAGGGGUGCUAUGUAAAUAAUUUUAUAGGAAUUUUCUAUUUAUAGUUGU